UGUUUAAAUACUGAUACUCAGUUGAACGCUUUAACGGAGACUCACGUACCAAGCCCGGAUGGCGAUGAAACCACAAAGCAGCUUGAUUUGGAUGAAAUGAUCCAUCGCUAUCUCUUCACACAGAACAAUUUGCAGGAUGAACCCUCGGAACAGAAUGGAGCCAAACAUGUGUGCGCUCCGUGUCUCCUAACGGUUAAAAUAUGGCACCGUUUUUACGAAAUGUGCCACAGGAACGCAGAAGUUUAUCGCCAAUGGGUCCAAUCCUCAGAUAGCAGGACUGUGCAAUUUUCCGCCGAAAGGGAAAUACAAGAAAUUGAACUCCGAAAAGGAGGAUCAGGCACGGAGGAAUGUGUUGCAUUGGAAAUAGAGUUUAAGGCAGCGGAAGACGACAAAAGCUGUGACGAUGAGGUGACGCUCGGCCACACCAACGUUUUGGACGCUGAGGAAGAAAGCGAUCAUUCUGUUGUAGAAAAUCAGGACCACGGAAGCAGUUCUUCAUCCGGCUGUAUGCCUGCCGCAUCCCCGGAACCUAUGGGCCGUCGAGAAACGUUGAAGCGAAAGCGAAAGUCUGCCUGCGAAAUUUGUGGCCAAUAUCGGUCCAACAUGGCGGAGCACAUGAGGGCACAUAAAAAUGACCGACGCUUCAAGUGCCCUUACUGUCCCAAGAGCUUCGUCAGUGCGUCCAAUCGGCACAGCCAUGUAAACAUCCAUACGCGACAGAAAAUGUACAAAUGCGAUCUUUGCGCAAAAGAGUAUCCGACGCUGAAUGGGCUGAAACAGCACAGGGUUACUCACGAAAAGAAACGUGUGUAUCUCUGUCCGAUCUGUGGCAAAUCUUACUACCAGCCGACCAAUUAUGCACGCCACCGACGAACCCAUCUACAGGAACGCAAAAUCCAAUGCGACAGCUGUGAUAAAGUCUUCAUGACCAGGGGCGACUUGCGGAAACAUACAAUUACGCACAUGAAUGUCAAGCCAUUCGCUUGCCAAAUCUGCGAUCAGCGAUUUAAUCGUAGGGAUAAUCUAAAAACUCACUUAAAAAUACACCUGGCUCACAAGCACGGGAACCGUUCGAAAGAGGAAGAAGCCUUCUAGUGCUCGGUGCCCUGAUACCCUGUGAACGGUGGGCCUUUAACCAUUGGUUUUACCAAGUGUGUUCAAACUCAAGCAAGUUGG